AUGUGUCGCCUGCUGGGCAUCGAGAAAACGCGAACGACGCCGUACAAUCCGAAGAGUGAUGGGAUGAUUGAGAGAUUCAAUCGCACACUGGUCACAAUGGUUUCUAUGAUGAUAGAGCCCCACAGACGACAGCGAGAUUGGGAUGAAAAGAUUCCACUGGCAACGUUUGCCUAUCGUGCCUCACCACAGGAAUCAACAGGUGAAUCGCCUAAUAUGCUGAUGCUCGGACGUGAGGUGCGCCUUCCCAUCGACUUGGCUGUUGAACAACCCCGUGAUGACCAACAAGAGGUUGAAGGCGAAGAGACUGACUAUGCGCAACAACUGAGGGAGCAGUUCAGACUUGCGCACGGUAGGGCACGUAAGUGUCUGAAGCGGAGCGCCAGAAGGCAGAAGACUCAUUACGACAGACGAUCUGUGAAGUAUAACUUGGUGGCUGGAGAUUUCGUGUGGCUGCACAAUCCGGCCAAGAGGAAAGGCUUGUCGCCUAAAUUGCAGUGCCGAUGGGAGGGUCCGUAUCUCAUCGUGCACAAGCUGUCCGAUGUCAUCUUCCGAAUUCAACGUAAAAAGGGUGGAAAGAUGAAAGUUGUGCAUCGGGACCGCUUGAAGUCCUACAUAGGAAAUCCCCUAGUCUCAUGGAUUGAGAACACAACAGAAGCCAAUGCAGAUAAUACUAGCCAACAGCAGAUAACCAGCGUUCCAGCACAAGCGGAAGACAAUUCCAGCGGGCAAAUAGAGACGCCUACGACAGGGAGGCGAAUUCCAAACCCAACCGCCCGUUCUUUCACCCCCAGAGUGUCACCAGAGGGCAAUCACCCUACCCAGGAGACACCAUCGAUUGUGAUUCCAAGUCCCAAAACCCCAUUGAGGCCUGAAAACUCGGACGGGCAAACAUGCCAUACUGAGACCCCAUUACCGCGUCGGAAUCCCCCCAGGCAUCGCAGGGUGCCCCAGAGAUAUCGCUAG